AUGGUGAAGUCCAACCAGAAGCACUUUGUCGACUACUACGUGCUCUUAGGCUUCCAACCCGAAGACCUCGAAGCCAUCCUCGACCCCGAGGAAGCAGAGCGCUAUGUCGAAAAGGCUUACAAAGAAACGGCGAGGAGAAUCCACCCGGACAAGGUCAAAGUCGCCGGCCUCCCCGAAGCCGAAGCCACCGCGAAAAAAGAAGAAGCCACCGCAAACUUCCAAGAGCUCCAAAAGGCCUACGAGAUCAUGAAAAACCCAUGGAUGCGAGCCGAGUAUGACAAGACGCGCAAGAAAAACUCCACCCCGGAAAGCUUCAAACCCGGCCUAGUCCCCUCCGAAGGCCUCAGAUUCUCCGGCUACUCCGACGAGGGCAAGGGAUUCUUCAAGGUCUACGGCGACGUUUUUGAAAACAUAUACGCCAACGAGGUUGCGUUUCAAGAGAUGAAGGAGCUGCCAAAGGACUCGGAGAAGGUGGUGAAGCGACUGAAGCCUCCUCCGGAGAUAGGGGACGAGCAUAGCCCUUAUGCGGCGGUGGUGCAGUUCUAUAAUUUCUGGCUUAACUUCACGACGGUAAUGGACUUCACGUGGAUGGAGCCGCAUGAUGACUUGUCGGAGGCGCCGACGAAGAAGGGAGCGGCGGUGAUGCAGCGGAAGAACGUGAAGGCGAGGAAGAAGGGGAGGAAUGAGUAUAAUAAUAAAGUGAGGAGGUUGGCGCAGUAUCCGGAGUGGACGAAGCCGGUGGAGAGGAAGAGGAAGUAUGGUGUGGAGGAGAAGGAGGAGGAGGAGAGGGAGGAGUGGGAGUGUGUGGUGUGUAGGAAGGAGUUCAAGAGCGAGAAGCAGUGCUUGAAUCAUCAGAUGUCGAAGAAGCAUAGGGAGAUGGUAGCAAUGUUGAUGGGGUUGAAGAACAAGGAUUUGGUUCAGGACGUGUUGGAGUUGAUGGAGGAGGAGGAUGAGCUUGAUGAUGAUCAUGUUGAUGAGCUUUUGGAGGGAGAAGCUGAAGAAGAGAGUGAAGAAGAGGUUUGCGAAUGCGUUGAUGAAAAUCUAGAGCAAAAAGGUGGUGAAGAAGUCGAUAAUGAUGAAGUGGAAGAGGCGGAGGAGGAGGAGGAGGAGGAGAAUGAGAUGGAUGUGCUAGAGGCAAUGGUGGCUAGGCGAAAGACUAAUGUAAGAGUUGGUGAACCAAUUUUUGAGCCGAUGGCGACCAUUAUUGAUGUAGAGGAGGAUGAGGUGGAGCAUGAGGAGACAAAGAAGAGGGAUGAGAGUGCAGAGAAGAAACCGAGGAGGAGGAGGAGUGUGAAGAGUGGUGGAAUCAAUGAACAUGAUGAUAAGAAGAAAUCGAAACCGGAUUCCGGUGAGGAAUCUUGCGUCGACAAUGGGAGUGAAGAUGAGCAGAAGAGAAAGAAGGGAGGGAAGAAGGAGAAGAGGAGCAAAAAGAAUAGCAAGAGUAAUGGUGAGAGUGAGAUUGCCGGUGUGAAGAGUUCCAAGUCUGGUAGUAGGGGACCCUAUGCAGGGAAGAUGAGUAGAUGUCAUCGUCAAAAAACUACUUAA